AUGUCAGCUACGACAAAUGUCAAGUUGAACGAGGAUGGUGAUCCCAUCUUCCGGCUCUGUGAGGUGAACCUGCCGAAAACGUAUCCUCGACAUGUGACUGGCAAUCUCAGAGCGAAAUACAACUAUCUCUUCACCCAAUACUGGCAGCUCAGAGAACUGUGGGAUGUCCAGCUUAAGAACCACAGAGACCAUUGGAACAUCCAAGCCGCAUAUGACUUUUGGUGCGAGAACGGCACAAAGACGAUCCAUGGAAGACAAUUUGGAUGGAGUGAAGAUUGGCUGAUCGAGGCCAUGGAGAGCGUCAAGGCCGAACUGAUCGAUCUGGAAGACGCUGGAAACCGCAUAAAGACGAUCAAAGCAGUCAACAGGCUGACCAUUGACCGGCUCGCUUUGUCGCGGGUGACUCGCACUCAGGAUGAGGACUUGAAGAAAAUACGAAGCAAAGACUCCUCCAGCACGGGCACUGAGCCCCAGUCUCCAACUCACAAACCUCGUCGCCGUCCGUCGCUCCAUCACGAUGCAGAACCGAAGAAAACGAACCAUCGCUACAACACCCGUCUUGUGGGCUCAUCACGCGAGGAUCCUAUCGUCAUCGAACAGGACUCUGACGACGAAGGCGGUCCUCCCCAUCGUGGACGCCAGAGAAGAACGCGUUCCCCGGCGAAGGAUCCAUCUCAGCCUCGACGUCCUCCCAUACAACCAUCCGCUAACACACGAGUCCGUCGUCAGAACCAUACACCUGAGCGCAGCCACGCCCAUGCACCGCAGACGCCUGUCAAGCAGCGUCGUGGCAGAGGCAGCAUGAGUUCUCCGUCAUCUCCGAGCAAGAAGAGAGCACGCAGUCGAGACGGCAAGGAUCCUGGUCGCGUUCGAAAGUCACCGAAGCGCAAGGCGGGUAGCAACGCAGGUAGCACGUCGUCGUCUUCUGACUCGAAGUCGUCCCCAUACAGUGACAGCAGUGGUGAAGGAGGUUGCCCUCUCCUUGAGAAGGGAGCCUAA